AUGGAAAAAUUGAAAGCUGCUAAAAAAGUCGCCCCGGACGGGGGCUGGGGUUGGAUGGCGACGUUCGGCGUGAGCAUGGUGAAUUUGGCCACGCGCUCGAUCGAACCUUCGUUUGGGCUGCUGUUCGGCGAUCUGCUCAAGGACAUGCAGGUCGGCACAACCGGUGCCGCCAUCAUUAUCAGCACGCUCGAUGUGAUGAUGAACUUUUCCGGCCUGUUCGUGGGCCCACUGCUGAAGGAGUUUUCCUACCGGAAGGUUGCGAUCGCUGGCUCGCUGCUCUGCUGUAUCGGGCUAGCGCUCACAUCACCCGCCUCCAAUAUGGCGCACAUCCUCGCCACGUACAGUGUGGUCAAUGGUGUGGGCGUUGGUCUCGCAACAUCAGCCGCGUUCGUAGCGCUCAAUCACUACUUUGCGAAGAAGCGUGGCCAAGCGGUAGGCCUUUCGAUGGCCGGUACGGCACUCGGUAUGCUGAUAAUGCCACAGCUCGUCCGCAUACUGCUCGAGCUGUACGGGUUUCGCGGAGCGGUACUGGUGCUGAGCGGGCUCGCCCUUCACGCCACGGUCGGUGCGAUGCUGCUGCAACCGAUCAAGUGGCACCUGAUCGAGGAGGAGGUCGACAUCGAGCUGGUUGAGGCGACGCCCCCGAUGGGCAUUAUACUCGAGCAGGAGGACGACGAUAAUGAUUCGCUGCCGGAGAUUAAAUCGCUACUAUUUCCACGGCGUGUCGGCAGCGAGCGGAAGCAGUCGGAUGCAACGGGCGCAACGUCGGCCGCGGUAGCUACGGCGAGCGGUGGAUCGGCAGCGACCGGGAAUGGUGCGGCAGCGGGUGCCGUUGGAGGGCUGCCGAAACGUCCCACGUUUCCGCGCAUUACGUCGUCGGUUAGUGUGCAGAAUCAGGGUGGGGUAGGAAUGCGCACAAGGCCUUCCUUUCCGCGGAUCGCAUCAACCGCGAGCAUGAGUCUGGCGUUACGUCGGCGCCGUGAAUCGGUCGUUUCGCAGCUGUCUACAAUGGACUUUACGGGCAGUGGAAGCUGUAUGCAUAUCCACGUGGAUACAGGUGAUGCUGAUGCGGAAGAUGUCGACUAUCAGAUCAUACGGCGCGUCAGUACGCACGUCGGUGUCUCCACGCUCGGUUCGUUUGCACGCGUGCCCUCGCGAACGAAGCGCAUGGAGACGGUAAAAUCGGAACUGGGACUGGAGAUGGUAAAGCCGAAAGUGUCCUUCCUGCAGCGCUUUACCGCACUGAUGGACGUGGGACUGCUGCGUGACGGUAUCUACCUUAACAUCCUGUUCGGCCUAUCGAUCUUCUACGUCGCCGAGAUGAACUUCAAGAUGGUGACACCGUUCUUCAUGGCUAGCCUCGGGUUUGACAAAAGUGACACCGCGUUCGUGCUGUCCGUGUCGGCACUGACCGAUAUUGCCGCCCGUAUUAUCGUGCCACCGAUCGGCGAUCGGUUGAAGAUACGCAAGCGUUACAUCUUCAUGGUCUCACUGAUAUUCGUCGCAAUCACACGAUCAAUCGUUGCCCACCAGCGUACGUACACCGACGUAAUGAUAUGGCUCUCGGUGACCGGGUUCUUCCGUGGCAUUGCGCUCGCCAACUUUACCCUGUGCGUGUCCGAGUACUCGUCGCUCGAAAAGCUGCCGGCCGCGUUCGGCUGGCAUAUGGUCGGCAAGGCGGUGUUUGUGAUCGCGUUCGGUCCACUGAUCGGUGCGAUCCGCGACUGGACCGACAGCUACGCGAUCUGCAUCCACUCGCAAUCGUUCUGCAUCCUGCUGUGCGUUACCGCCUGGUCGAUCGAGCUGCUGGUGAAGCGAUGCCGCACGAAAAAAAUCGUCGAAGCAAAUCCCACCGUUUAG